GGCUCGUGCUUGUCUCACCUGUUCUCAGUCUUACCUGCCGCCGCGCGGAGCUGCACGCGCUGUCCGGAGGAGCUGCGCUGAGUUUCACCUUUUUCAGAACCUUUUUCUCUCCGCGGGUUCUAAGUGGGUUUACUGGGAACCAGGAGCCGGACCGGGACCAGAACCAGAACAGGAGAGGCGGAAGCAGAAGAGCGGAGCGGAGCCGGUACCGGGAGCAUGUCCCGGGCGGAGCAGCGCGACGAGGCGGACUGCGUGUGUUCGGUCGGGAUGAAGCUCACCUGGGACAUCAACGACCCCAAGCUGCCGCAGGACCUGAAGCAGUUCGACCCGUUCCAGGAGUGGACCGACGGCUACGUUCGCUACAUCUACACCGCGGACGAUAAGAACGCUCAGAGGCAUCUGUCCGGCUGGGCCAUGAGGAACACCAACAACCACAACUGUCAGAUCCUGAAGAAGUCCUGCCUGGGCGUGGUGGUCUGCUCCCGGGGCUGCGCCCUGCCGGACGGCUCCCGGCUGCAGCUGCGGCCCGCCAUCUGCGACAAGGCCCGGCAGAAGCAGCAGAAGAAGAUGUGUCCGAACUGCAACGCCGCCCUGGAGCUGCUGCCGUGCCGCGGCCACAGCGGCUACCCCGUCACCAACUUCUGGAGAGUGGACGGCAAGGCCAUCUUCUUCCAGGCUAAAGGGGUCCACGAUCACCCGAGACCAGAAUCCAAGUCUGAAACUGAAGCCAGGAGAAGUUCAGUGAAGAGACGAGUCGGGUCGCCGCCCUUCACGCCAAAGAGACGUCUGAUUGAAACUCAGGCACUCGGCCCCGCCCUUCUCUGUGUGGAACCAGCAGAAAGGAUUUCGUUCAUCGAGCCAAACUUCCCACAGCAUUACCCAGCCUUCCAAAGCAGUGAGCCCUACUACAACCCCCACAAUGCACUGGGAGAAGCCCCAGCCACCCUUCAGAAACCCACCAAUCCAAGACUGUACAUGGGCCGACCGGGCUACGAGUUCCAGGGAUACCUGACCUCACCUCCAUAUCCUGUGACCACGGACCUCUGCGACCCCAGGGUGACACCAGUCCUGGGUUCUUCCUCCACACCUUCAUCCUCAUCAGCGGCCCUCUCCUCCUCCUCCUCCUUUGACCCCCAGACGAAGCCCCCGCCGGCCUGGAAGGAGCUGCUGAAGAGCUCCGCCCCCUACGCUGAUAACCACCAUUACUACAGCACAGAGUACCCCUGUCGCUACCCCAGUAACCCCCCAGGUUCCCCCGCCGCUCUGCAGACCAUCAUCACCACCACAACCAAGGUGUCCUACCAGCCCUGUCCCAAGCCUCCGGGGACGCUGCCUCCCUACCAGUCCUGUCCCAAGCCGUCCCCCGGCCUCCCGUCCUACCAGCCCUGCGCCCCGGCCAAAGCUCCGGGCCUGCCCGGCUGCUCCUCCCUGCUGGAAGACGCCUCCUCCUCGUCUUACUCCACCGAGGUCAAGGUGACGGAGGAGUCCGGCGGCGUCAUCAAGUCUCUGUCGUUUCCUCCUGAGCCUCUGCAGACAAAAACCGAGCGGGUCGACGGCUACGACUACCACUACGCCUACCCCAACGCGUACCGCUACGACGACUACUGACGCAGCACCGGUCCUGCUGUGGCAGCGGAGACUGGUGAAGCAGCAAGCCGCACCAUGAAGGGUUCUGGAUACGACCCAGACCACCAACGUCACGAGAAGUUCUGGACACACCUCUGAACAUCAAAUGAACCUCUUUAAUGUUGGAUGUUCUGGUUCUGGAGCUUCUACUGGACAGAACUUUGUCCGUGGGACUGAAAGGAACCAACUGGAGACUGACGGUUCUGGAGUUCUACUCUGACAAUGGGUUGGUUCUUGAAGACUAAACGUCCGAACUUAUUAAGUUGUGCAGAAAUUGUUGUUUUUUGAAUUCUGUCAUGUUCCGUCCUGAUUCUCACUGAUCCAUGCGAGACGUCAAACCCAAUGACAUGAACGGGUCCAGAACCGGUUUGUCCCGCUGGUGCCACCAUCAACAGGUCUGUUUACACUACACCAGACCUCUGAGGCCGUGUCUGGAGGUUCUACGUGUCGCACGUUCCCUAUAGAACUCACAUUUCCCGGUUCCUCCACCGUGUUGGAUCACUGCGAGGAAGACGUCCAUCAGACUCUCAGAACAAUGAACCUGCUGCCCAGAACAUUUCCUUAAUGCUAGAUGAACCCUCAGCCCGGCGGGUUUCAGCAGGACCUGGGAUGCUUGAGGUUCUACUGGCAGAACAUUGCGGUUCUGCCAGUAGAACCUCUCCGGUGAAGGUCUUCAGGUGGUUCAGUGGACCCAGAAGGAGCUGAAUGGUCUUUUUCUGAGCAGCCGAGAACCUUCUAUUGGUCAUGCCUGGUUCUGCUCUGGUUCUGACUGUAACAUCGGGUCGUUGGGCUAAUUGGACUCAGAAUCAGGCGACCCAGAUGAGUUGUUCUGGGUUAGGAACAGGGCAGAGGUUCUGUUUCUCUUUCACACAUUUCAGCUGAUGAAGAAUAAAAAAGGUUCUGUGACGUCA